GUGUGUGCUUGGUUCUGCCCCAGCAGCACACAUCACUCUGGAUAUCAUCACAUUUAGGACAAAUCCAACUCUAAACCCACCACAUCCAGCAACCCUCACAGGAACUGGAUCUGACCCCAGAAGCAGAAAGAGAGGAGAAGAGGAAUCUAAAGCACAAGAAGGGAGUGAGCACAGGAGCAGUGGAAGAAGUCUAGUGCUAAAUGGUGAAAAUGAUCCUGUUUGUGGCCUUGCUGAUGUCUUCCUGCUGCUUGGGACUGAAUGGAGCUUCAGGACUUGAGAGGAUAGAGAAAUGCGGCACCAAAUGUUCUAAGGGCCUCCGCUGCAAGAGCAAGCCAGACUAUAUCUUUCAUCCUGUGUGUCAGAAUCCAGCUGAAGGUCUCGACACAUCAUCCAUCUUCCAGAACAUCAGCCUUUCCACAGUCAUGAGGUGUGAGGGGAGACAGAAGUGCUCGCUACACCUUAGGAUCCACACAACAUUACAGCUUUCUGAGUCCAUCACUGGUUUGUCCAUCUGCACUGUCACUGAAGGGAUGAUGUCCAACUGCCAAAUCAUAAGCCUCAAAAGAGCAUCCAAUCAAAGACAGUCUGGACUUCAGGUGGAGGUUGAGCAUGAUUGCACUGAGAUUUCUCCAAACCAAAGUGUUAAGGUAACAAUGGAAACUGUGCCGAGCUAUUGUGGCAUAACCUGGAUUGGCACUCAUAAAGCUCCAGGAUGCAGCAGUAAAGAUUUACAGAGAAAUGUCCCAGAGUGCAUCACUGGGAGGCUGUCGUACAAUGUAAACCCACAGAGGAAGGAGCUGAGUGUCAGUGUAUCUGACAUGCUGGAAGAUCACAACUACCACCUCCGUCUCUGCAAGAAGGACUUCAUCUGCACUGACACGGGGGCUUAUGCACUGAUAAAGAAGGAGGAACCUGUGAAGAGUGCCACCUUCCCAUUCUCGCGACCUCUGCCCUGCCUCUGCAUAGAGGGUUGGUCAGCUGUGACUGAUGCUCCUAGAGUUCAGGUCUGCCCCUUCAAAGAACGCGUGGAGGAGUUGUGGUUUGGAAUUAACUUCGACCCACUCGAGGAGACAUUAUCGUGGGAGCCACCUUGUCGUGUCUCUGCCGUGGUCGGGUUGUGUCAGAAGAGAGAGGAUGGGCUCUGUAUGGAUCUGCCUCAUGCCUCCCAGAAUGCCAGCAGAGCAAAGAUUUCCUUUACCAAAGUGGAUCCCCACCCUCAGCUCUGCAUGAAGUUCACCACAUGGUCUCAGUCCUGGACCAGAUGCCCUUUCGCUAAUGCAAGAUUUCAAGCGUGGGAGUUUGCUGUGACAAGAUAUCAGGGUCAUGAAGGCGUGGAGAUAAUGUCUCAGAUCACUGCAGACUUUUCUGUGGAACUGUGUGCAAAGUCUGAUGAGUCGGAUGAGUGCAGAAUCACUAACGCGCACACCGUACAUGUGGAGAAACAUCAAGCUGCUGGCUUAAACCUUAAAGGAGAAUUUUGCAACACUUGUCUUCAGGCCAAGAGGAUGGGCGUGGAGUUUGCUGUCACAGUCAUCCGCUGUCUUGAUGAUUGCAAUAAAUCAUGGUCCCUCAGCUCUGUCAUCUCCAGUCAACCCUCCGAGCCCCUGACCUGGGUUAUCGUAACUGUUGGUGUUUGUCUCUCUGGCGUCAUCAUCAUCACUCUGGUUCUGCACAUACUGUUAACAGUGAAUCAGAAGAGGAAACAGAAAAGAAGCUGUUCCUCCAAAAAGCAAAUAGAUGCUUCCAUCAAAAGUGUGGUCCCUGCAUUCCAUACUCAAGUUCUUAUACCUGACUCACCUUCGUGUGGGAACACAGAGAAGGCUGUCUUAAUCCGCGACUGACCAAAGAGCUGUUCCCCAAUCCAAAGCAUUAUGUGUAAUUAGUAGUAUAGAGCUUUAAAGAUGUUACAGACUAAUAGUCCUCUGUUGAAUGUAGUGUUUUUUGUAAGUAUAGACAUUUCAAAUGUUAUAUAUGUUACUGUAUGUUUGCUUGAUAGUAGGGUUUUCAAGUUACCGAGUGUUGUUGAUGUAUUCUGUGGUCGUCUAAGUUGAUGUGUAUUUUCUUAUUCUUCAGUUACAUUUUUUGUUCAUCCAGCAGCUAAACAGUCAGUUGCACUACUGAUUGAAAUUAUAUUUUCAAUAAAAACUGCAAAGAAAACGGAGGAAAACCUGCUAUUUUUUUACAUUCCAAAGCUAGCUCAGUUUUAAUUAGUGAUGCAGUUAGAUCAAAAAAGUUUUCCAUGUGCUCACUGCAAACGUCAGCUCAAAUAUGAUAUAUUAUGAAAACUGGAAAUGUGAAAAUGUCACCAAUAAUAACCUUUAACACCCAACACCUAAAGCCUCAUCAAACUUGUCUUUACAAAUGUUGUGUCACACUGCCUGUCAAGAUGUGUGUUUGAGUCCACACCCUGUAAAGGCCUCCUACCAGCGAAUAACAACAUCCUUUGGUAUGUCCACACACUGGUUUCCAAGAAAUAACUGAAGUUCCCACCACCUUUUGUUUACACACCUGUUCAGACAUGUCAGCCUUGCUAUUUACUUUUCUUCUUUGAAGUGGACACACUUCCCUC